AUGGAUUCCGCCUACGAUCACAUCCAGGAGGAGAGCUACCCGCAGGACCCCACCAAGCAGUCCGCCGGCGGAGAUAACACCCACCAGGAGACGACCAACAACUUCAACGCCGAGUUCCAGGAUGCUUACAAAGCUAUAUCGAGUAGCCCGUGGGCGGCGCGUCUAGGAGGAUUUCUGGGGAAUGUGAGGAAGCAGGGCGAGCAAUACUACGACAACGCAAGCAAGCAAUAUGCGCCACAGGUCAAGAACGCCUCCGCCAGCGUCUCCAACAUCAUCAGCCACGCGCGCAAGAUCUCCCUCCAACCCGGCGACGCUUCAAGCUCCAAAUCCGCCUCCACCUCCCAAGACGCAUCCACCGAGAAAGCGAGCGAAGACACAGAAGCCCACCCCGACCGACCCGAAUCCCUCACCGCAGACAUUGUAAAGGAGGCAGAAGGCAUACUAUCGCGCUUCCGCUCCGAAGCCGCCAAACGCCUCAAAGACGUCGAAAAAGCCGAAGACGCCGCAGACGAAGCGCUCCUCAAAUUCGGCAGCAACAUCCGCAACUUCCUCCGCGACGCCGUCACCAUCGCGCCUCCCGAAGCCGGUUCGCAAGCCGCCAAAGACGGCGACGUGCUCUUCGAAUCCAAAGAUAGCAGCGGCAAGAAGGUCGUUCACGCCACGCGCUUCGACGCCCAACUCCACGUCAUCCACUCAACGCUCGAUUCCUUCCUCAAAGACCCCGCGAGCCCGGAAUGGGAGAACUGGAAGGCGGGAUUCGAUGUGGAGAAGAAGACGGAGGCUAUUGCGAAGGAUUUGGAGAAGCACGAGGAGUUGAGGAGCGCGAUGGAGAAGUGUGUGCCGGAGAAGGUGGAGUAUAAGGUGUUUUGGUGCAGAUAUUAUUUCUUGCGCCAUGUUAUUGAGAGUGAGGAGCAGAGGCGGAGGGAGAUGCUCAAGGCAUCCACACCCGCCGCCGACGAAGAAGUAGCCUGGGACGAAGACUCGGAAGAAGAAGAAGACGACGACGACGACGAAGAAGAAGAUGACGACGAAGACGAUUCCUCCGAAGAAGACGACUCAGACGACGACUCCGACGACAAUGCUACCGUUACCAAACCUACUACUAAAUCCGCCACCUCCGCCGCCCCGUCUACUACAACCACAAAACCCGUCUCCUCCACCCCCACAACCAGUACCUCCAAACCAACCCCCGACCUCGCCGCCUCGGUCAAAACCCUCAAACCCACAGACGACGCUAAGCCAGCACCCGCGCAACCCCGCCGAUCAAACGAUGAAAAGAGCGUGGCUGAUAGCGACGCGAGUUAUGAUUUGGUGUCGGGCACGACGACGAGGGCGCCGGGGAGUCCGCAUGAUGGGAAGGAGGGGAAAGAUGGGAAGGAGAAGGUUGUGCCUGAGGAGAGUGAUGAGGAGGAGGACUGGGAGUAG